AAUGGCUGGCUCUCAGUGUUCUCUUCUAACCUUAAAGACUGGUCGACUGAUGUGUGGUAAGGUUCAAGUGCCUUUAAAAUUUAAAUUGACUCUCUGAACCGAUAUCAGGCGUCAUUCGAAAUAGAAAAGUUGCGCGAUGAGUUUAAGAGUGAUCUACGAUGUCAUUGUUCGUCGGAAUGCGCGACUUCAAGGUAUCCUCGUUAAGAGAUUAAGCACCACGGAGUCGACAGAAAAAAAAGAUGAGAUUGUUGACAUAACUGCUGCCGAAGAACAGCCCGUGUACUCGUCGAUAGACGACGAUCCAGAGAUACAAGCGGAGAUUAACAGGAAGCGAAACAAAUCCCGAUUAAAUUCGCAACACCGAAACAUGCUGAUGGAUGAGCGUCCUUACGACUCGCCUUUGGAGUGGUAUCAUAACACGGUGAGGUAUAAGAGACGUAUGCUGGGUAGAUACGGAUUGAAAGGUAAUGACGAACCGAUUGGAUUUGCCUGGCCCAAGCCUGAAGAGAUCGAAGAUGCUAAAGAAUACGAGAGAGUUGCUUUUCCGCUGUCUCUUCAGGAAAGAUGGAAGAAACUGGAAGAGGAAAAACAGAUAAAGGCUGAAGAGAUCAGAAAAAGGGAGGAGGAAAUAGAGGAAAGGUUGGGAAAAAUGAAACAGUGGACAGCCAAGUUUGAAGAAAAAAUUGCAAAAAAAGAAGCUCAGCUGGAGGCUGCAAAGCAGGAUAAGGAACGUCUAAUAGAAGAAGUCAGAAAGCACUUUGGUUUCAAAAUUUCGCCUAACGAUGAGAGAUUCAAAGAGAUGCUGGCAAAGAAGGAGAAAGAAGAGAAAAAGAAAAAGAAGGAAGCCAAGAAAAAGGCGAGAAUGGAAAAGUUCGCAAACAAAGUAAUCGAUUCAACCCCAGUGAAAUUUGAGAACAACAAACAACAACAAGCAACAGAUUCGACAAAAGAUUCAACAUAAUCUGUAAAAGUAUAACAUUUUUAAGUUACAAAAAAUAAACAAAAUUGUUUAAACUCUGUAACCAAAUUUAAUAAUUCCAUAGUUGAUUUUUACG